GCACAAGGCUUGGACAGUAUACAGAAGUAGCCUCAAAAUGUCGGGGUCUGCGUUUGAAUCUCUGGAGAAGACAUUGGAGAAACAUAUUCCAGAUGAGGAAUUGAAAGAAGUUAAACGAAUCUUGUUUGGAAAAGAAACCAAGAAGUUGCUUCUACCAGCAUGUGCAGUGGAGAUAGCUUUGGAGAGGGACUUUGAGCUUCAGGGGUACAUGUUUGAAGCUUCCACGGAGCAGCUCAGGACCCCGAGGCCUGUCCGGGUGGGCCUCAUUCAAAACCGCAUCGUCUUGCCCACUGAUGCCCCUGUCCUGGAUCAGAUCACAGCGCUCCACAAAAGGAUUGGUGAGAUGGUGGAUGUGGCGGCCAUGUGUGGGGUCAACAUUGUCUGCUUUCAGGAGGCCUGGACUAUGCCCUUUGCUUUCUGUACCCGGGAGAAAGAACCGUGGACAGAAUUUGCUGAGUCUGCAGAAGAAGGAUACACUACCCGCUUCUGCCAAGAGCUGGCAAAGAAAUACAAUAUGGUAGUGAUAUCGCCCAUUUUGGAGCGAGAGGAGGUACACAACAUUCUGUGGAACACAGCGGUAGUGGUCUCUAACUCGGGCAGUGUGCUGGGUAAAACCAGGAAGAAUCACAUUCCCCGAGUGGGAGACUUCAACGAGUCCACAUAUUACAUGGAGGGAAACACUGGCCACAAAGUGUUUCAGACCCAGUUUGGAAAGAUUGCUGUGAACAUCUGCUAUGGGCGCCAUCACCCUCUCAACUGGUUCAUGUACAGCAUGAAUGGAGCAGAGAUCAUCUUCAACCCCUCUGCAACUGUUGGAGGACUCAGUGAGCCCAUGUGGUCAAUCGAGGCUAGGAAUGCAGCAAUAGCAAACCACUGCUUCACCUGUGGAAUCAACCGUGUUGGGACAGAGCACUUUAACAAUGAGUUCACCUCUGGGGAUGGAAAAAAAGCUCACCAAGAUUUCGGGUACUUCUAUGGGUCAAGCUAUGUGGCUGCUCCGGAUGGCAGCCGCUCACCAGGCCUGUCCAGAACCCGUGACGGACUCCUUGUGACUGAAAUGGACCUCAACCUGACCAGGCAAAUCAGUGACAAAUGGAGUUUUAAGAUGACUGGGAGGUAUGAAGAGUAUGCAGAGGAGCUCACCAGGGCCACCAAGCAGGACUUCAAACCCAACAUUAUCAAGGAGUAGAAGAUCCAUGCGUUCUGAAGGGACCUCUACAUGGAGACGGGCUGCACUGUAGACAUGAAGUCACUGUUGAGGCAGACAUGUCUAGUGCCAUCAAGAGUAUGAACAGACCAAUUAAAGCCAGCCAUUUGUUUAAAUUAUUUUAUUGAUUACAGUACGUAAUUGGAAUUGUAAAAAAAAAAAAGUUUGCCAUUUUAAUAGAUAACAAAUACACAACCAUGAAUAAAUUGUCUUCCCACCCAAUUAGUAGAUUGGGAAAAUAUCUUAUGUUAAAAUAUUAUUUAAAUAAUACAUAAUUAUGGCUGGUACAAAUACCAUAGUGCAAUAUCAUCCAUGAUACCAAAAUGUAAAAAUAAAUGUUGAAUGAGAAUUAAAUAAAGGUGUCAUUCU